UCUGCCUCUGCCUUCCCUUCUCUGCAUGCAGAAUGGUUUGCUUGUUAAAGGACAGCAAUGUGUAUUGCAGUUUACACCCCGGCUGGAGUUUCAGCAAGGGAAGGGUUAAGGCAUGCUGAUGGCCACUAAGCGAGUGAGCUCAUCUGAGCUGGAAAAGGCUCCAAGAAUUCUGAGCCACUCAGUGCAGAUAAUAUCAGAAGUGGGGAAUAUCUGAAGCUGGAAGCAAAGCUACUUGGCGAAUUUCAACAUCCACCUAAGAUACAUUCCAUGCAUAUUCGGGACUGCAAGCCAACUGAUGGAAGCCACCAGUUCUAAGUGCUAAUGCUGUGAGCCUAUAAAAGUGGUAGCCAUGGAAACCCAAACCAAAGAAAUGGAGGCCGGAGAGAAGUCCCCUGAGUCCAAAGACUUGCUGCCCAGCCAAACAGCCAGUACCUUGUGCAUCAGUUCUCGGAGUGAGUCCGGCUGGAAUACUCCUCCCCGGAACAAAUGGGACAUUUACCACAAACCAGUCAUCGUGCUCUCGGUGGGUGGGGCAGUGUUCCUCUUUGGGAUUGCCAUUACUAGCCUGACUUGCCUCACCCUGGACAGAAACAACAACACAACCAGCAUAAGCAACAACAUGGGCAACAAAACCACCAACAUAACCAAGGAGGUGUUUAAGCUGUGUGGGCCGGCCUUCCUUUCUCUUGGCCUCAUGAUGCUUGUGUGUGGGCUUGUCUGGAUCCCCAUCAUCCGCAAGAAGCUGAGGCAAAAGCAGAAAUAUCCCAUCCUCCAGAGCAUUAAGUCCUUCUUCCUCAACCGCUGAAGGUAGCUUCUUUUGGUUUGGCCGCAAGGCCACUUGAGCAGGCUAGGUCCUGCAAGUCAAACCAACUCUGUUCUGAAGGUGAGAUCACCAUGCCCUUCUCUUCCUUUUGUCUGUUCAGGAUUAGCCCAUUUCUGGGCAGAAAUCACCACAGCUGUCCCUGGGCCGUCCACUAGUGAAUGAGUUUUCCUUUUCAACAAGAGGAGCAUACUGUAUCUUUCCAUUGCCAGAUCAAACCCCCCAAACAGUUACUUUGGCUAAACUUGAUUGUGCAUUUAGCAUAGUGAAUAUUGCUUUGAAUAUUUAUUAUACCGAUCGACCUAGAGAGCUUCAAAGUGGAGAUGCCAUCUCAUAGAUUUUUGUAGAAGAAAUGGCUUCUUUGGGGGCAAAACUGCUUGCAGAAAAUAGUUCUCAAGUGUUGUCUUGUAUGAAUGGGUAUAAUAAAUGGAUUGUAGAAAGAAAAUAUUCUCCCAUUCCAUAGUGGGAGAAAUUUUAGAGUUUAGAAACCAAAGACAUAUAUUCUUAGAGUGGGAAGUGAUAUAGAAAAAACACUUGGAAAGUGGUAGGGAUACAAACAUAUUGAACACAGAAAAGGCUGAAUCUUCCACAAAGAAACUGGAUCCUAUUUACAAAACCUGCCCCUUUCUCUUUGCUAGGUAGGUACAAAUAUCCUUUAUUAGUAGGGGUGGUUUUUUAUUCUUAUUAGUGUUCUUUUUUAUUUGAAAGAGCAGACCCGGAAACUAUAUGGAUCCGAUGUAUACCCAUAGACCAUAAAAUUAGCUGCGGACAAACUCCAAUGAACAGAAAGAGAUCCAAGGACAACUUGAAAAAAGUCAUUAAAUGAAAAGAACAAAAACUCUUUUAAAAUUAUGAACAUGAAAUCGAUUUUUGAAGCAAACCUUGAAAGGUUAAGAUGUUUGGAUGUUUAGAACGGCUCUUUGUCCAUAUAUUUUGCCCUUCGUCAUCUCUUUGUGCUUGUGGUCAGGGAGAAAAAAAAUGUCACUGACAAUGUCAUUUUCUCCAAGAGAAAAUUGAAAGGAAAUAUUUCAUUAAAACCAAAAACCAAAGAGCUCUUGAAUGCUGAACUAUAUAUGCCCAUUUCUAAGAUCAGGAGCGCACUGGACUUGGCAAGCAGGAAAGGGAGAAAGGGCUCAGGCUCCAGUUCGAAAAUGGGAAGGAUAAACAAUCUGCACAAGCAUCACACCAAAAUGAUCUCAGAGACUACUUCAAAGACCAUUGGAUUGUGGGUUUGUAGCUGUUACACUGAAGCACGGUGCAGAUAUUAGGAUGAAAUAAAUCAGAGAUGCAACCCAGAGGCUUUGCACGUACUUCCUUAGCGGGAUUAACUUUUACAACAAUUUCUACAG